AUGCCAUACGCAUUGUCGGAAUCCCACAAGAAUCUCAUCUCUUCGCACUUGAGCGAAUCUGACCCUGAAGUGGAGCAGAUCAUCAAGGCCGAGAUCGACAGACAAAAGCACUCAAUUGUGUUGAUUGCUUCCGAAAACUUCACUUCCACCUCCGUUUUCGAUGCUUUGGGAACGCCUAUGAGCAACAAGUACUCUGAGGGGUACCCAGGAGCCCGUUACUACGGUGGUAACGAACAGAUUGACAAGAUGGAAUUGUUGUGCCAGCAGAGAGCUUUGGACGCAUUUGGCGUUUCCAAGGAGCAAUGGGGUGUCAAUGUCCAGACGUUGUCCGGCUCGCCAGCCAACUUGCAAGUGUACCAAGCCUUGAUGAAGCCUCACGAAAGAUUGAUGGGUCUUUUCUUGCCAGAUGGUGGUCACUUGUCGCACGGUUACCAGACCGAUACCAGAAAGAUUUCCGCGGUCUCCACUUACUUCGAGUCCUUCCCAUACAGAGUGGACCCAAAAACCGGCAUCAUCGACUAUGACACCCUAGAGCAAAACGCCAUUUUGUACAGACCCAAGAUUUUGGUCGCCGGUACCUCUGCCUACUGUCGUCUCAUUGACUACAAGAGAAUGAGAGAAAUUGCCGACAAGGUUGGUGCUUAUUUGAUGGUUGACAUGGCGCACAUUUCUGGUCUUAUCGCUGCCGGUGUUAUUCCUUCUCCUUUUGAAUUCGCUGAUAUCGUCACCACUACCACUCACAAAUCUUUGAGAGGACCUCGUGGUGCUAUGAUCUUCUUCAGAAGAGGUGUCAGAUCUGUCAACUCCAAGACCGGCAAGGAAGUCCUAUACGACUUGGAGAACCCAAUCAACUUCUCCGUUUUCCCAGGUCACCAAGGUGGUCCUCACAAUCACACCAUCUCAGCUAUGGCAACUGCUCUAAAGCAAGCUGCUUCGCCAGAGUUCAAGGAAUAUCAACAACAAGUUAUCAAGAACGCCAAGGUCCUUGAAGAAGAAUUCAAAAAACUAAGUUACAGACUGGUUUCUGAUGGUACCGAUUCGCACAUGGUUCUUGUGUCGCUGAGAGAAAAGGGCGUUGAUGGUGCCCGUGUUGAAUACCUAUGUGAAAAGAUCAACAUCGCUUUGAACAAAAAUUCCAUUCCAGGUGACAAGUCAGCUUUGGUGCCAGGUGGUGUUCGUAUCGGUGCUCCAGCUAUGACCACUAGAGGUUUGGGUGAGCAAGACUUUGCCAGAAUUGUCAGCUACAUUGACAAGGCCGUUCAGUUCGCCCAUGACGUUCAGCACUCAUUGCCAAAGGAAGCUAACAGACUCAAGGACUUCAAGGCCAAGGUUGACGAACUAUCCGGUGAGUUGGAAUCUCUAAAGCAAGAAAUUUACUCAUGGGCUGGUGAAUUUCCAUUGCCAGUGUAA